AUGGUCAAGUAUACUGAACUAUUAUGGGAAAUGGCAGCACGCAGGAAAGGCGAGAAACUUCGGUGGCGCGUCAUUGUUUUUAUAGAAGCUGUGAAGGCUUUCUGUAGGUUAAUAUUGUUGCGCUUAACGAACUCUAGGCCUAUUGUCAGCCCACCACUUCCAGAACGAGAGGUUGAUCCAAGACAAUCGGACGGGGAUGAUAAUGGUGAUUUUAAUGGCAUGGAAACACCACCAAGUGAACCAUCUGAAGCUAUUGAUUCAAGCUGGUCAAUGCCUCGAACAGGAAUGUCGCUACCAAACCUGCCGGACGCAAAUGAUAUCUCGACAUAUCUUACCUCUAAAGUUUUAACAGCAGAUGAUGUUCGGUCUCCACAAACAUUGUUGCACCGGGUUUCUGGAGCAGGUCAGCUGGCAGAGGUUCUAUAUAUUCUCCGGCCGUUGAUUUAUGUGAUCGCACUCCAGCGAUAUAGAGCGAAGAAGAAGAGCUGGACUCCUUGGCUUAUUGGUUUUGGACUGGAAUUUACUUGCCGUCAGCUUGCCAAAAAAGAAUUCCGUGAUAGGAUAGCAGGAGGCCUUCGUGGCUUAUCCAAACUGGAGAGAGAAGAACUCAGUAAGAGAGGUUGGAGCAUGGGGUGGUGGAUUAUGAGGGCUGCUUUCUACGAAAACAUCACGAAGUACGUAUCUACCUACUAUUAUCCUGAGCGGACUGCAACUAAUACUUGUGAAAGAUCAUGGAUAAAGUCCAUUACAAACUCCUUACGCGAUAAGCCCCUACUUGGCCUUGUAGGGAGUGUUGUCGAAGACUAUGAGUAUCUUUGGGACAACUACUAUUUCUCCACGGCUACAAUGUAA